UGGUCGCUGUGUUGUUGCACCAGAGCUACUGUCAUGUGAUAGCCUCGUCCGAGGAGCUGCUGUUGACAGUAGCUUCCCACCGUUACAUGGAGCAUAAGUGAACCAAGCAGGAGAAACGGUUUAUGAUUGUUGGAGAAGAUAAAUACGGCCCGUUUCUGACUGGAGAACAGGGAAGCCGGGGUUGUGUAGUUUCGCCCCUCGGACGCGGACAUGGGUUGCUGUUACAGCAGCGAGAACGAGACCACAGAGCAGGACCCUGAUGAACGUAAACCGCUGAUCCCCCACCCAAACCCUGUCAGCAAACCCCCAAAUGGGACCGACUGGAUCACUACGAGUGUUCCCUCAGCAAGGACGGAUGAACAGGCCCUCCUUACAUCCAUCCUCACCAAGACAGCACAGAACAUCAUUGAUGUGUCAGCAGCUGACUCUGUCAUGAUGGAGCAGCAUGAAUACAUGGACAAAGCUCGGCAAUACAGUACAAAGCUGGCUGUGUUGAGCAACAGUCUGCCCCAGAAGAAGUCCCUCGCGCUCCCCUCCCUCACCAGCCAGCCCCACCAAGUGCUUGCGAGUGACCUGGUGCCAUACUCGGAUGUUCAGCAGGUGUCCAAGAUAGCAGCUUAUGCUUACAGUGCAAUUUCUCAAAUCAAAGUGGAUGCUAAAGAAGAACUAGUGGUCCAGUUUGCCAUUCCUUGAUUCUGCGACCCUGGCACUCACACUGUUCCUCCAAUCCCGCUCUCUCUCUGUGUCACUUCUGCAUCCUCACCCUCCAGCCCAUCCAUUAUUAAAGCAUCUUGGUUCUUGUGCUCCUUAGCUGUGCCUCUAACUGCUAUAAAGACAGAGACAAUGUAGGAUUGCACCCUAUGGCUGUCUUUUAGUGUACUAAAUUAUGUGUCCGUUACAAAUGGUCAGCAUGGGCAAUGGAAGCUGUUCAACUGUAGAUGGGCCAUUGGGGUGUGUGCUCAUAUUUACAACAACAAGGCAUUCUAUCUACGUGGAUCCCAGACUUUGUCAGAACCAGCUGUGGAAAAAUCAUCAUUCAGCCUUCUUGGUAAUCGCUCUAAUCUUUGAAACGGUUCCAGGGCCGUCUCGGUAUCUAUAUUUAGUUAGUUUCCCUAGCCUGUAUACUCGGGUAAACAAGGUUAGCUUAGCACCCCAGACUGUGAUGACAUGGAACAAUGCACAGUUUAAGUGGGACAGAGCUGUAUGAUUUUGGAUGCAAUGCAUAGGCUUUUGGUGUAUAUGCUUGAAACAAUCUUCACUGUAACAGGAGUAAUUAGGAAUCUUUGCGGCAUUGAACAAGUACCAUAGGUGCAAGUGCAAAGGUUGGGUAUUUUAACCAUUUACCAAGAUGAAAACUUCCAACAUGAAGUUUGCAAUUCAUAUGUCUUUAAUUCUGGGAGGAAAAUGUAGUAAAG